AUGCUCAGCAUUAGGGAGGGGGAGGAACGGCGGAGGGACGCCGCGGUGGUGCCCGCCCGGCCGCCCGGGCCGCUCGGCGCGCCCCCCAUGCCGCCCGUCCGCCCGCCGCGGUGCCCGGUGCCCCGCCACCGCCCGCGCCGCCGCUGGCUCGGGACCGCGGGCAGCCGGAGCUCACAUCCGGGGACGGAGGCGCUCGCCCGCCCGCUCCGCGCCCGCCGCGCCGCGCCGCGCCGCACGCCGGCUUCGCCCUGGCGACGCUGCGCGCCCGCCGCCGUCCCCCGCCCUCCCCCGCGCGCCCGGGCCUCCCACCGGCCGCGCCGCGCCCCAGCUGCCGGCCUGCGGCCCACGCGCCCCCCGGGCUCCACGGCGCGCGACUCGGACGACGCCACCCCCCGGCCUGGCGCGGCUGGCCGAGGGUUAAGCGCGCUGCAGCCGCCAGCUUUCGGGUUAACCCCCUCGGCGCCGCCACGCGGGCGCCCCUUCCCCGAGCCAGGCCCGUGGGGCCUCGCGCCUGCUGCUGGGGGCGCGGAUGCCGAUCCUCUGCACGGCGUCCCUGCGCGGGGUCUGCGGGGACUCCUGGCGUCCUCUAGGCGACUUCAGGUGGUCCUGGCUCACCGCACACCUGGGGGAGGCUCCGCCCCCCGGGAACUCAGGUGCCCACAGGCGAUCUCUGCUGCCACAUCAAAGCUCACAGUUUGCUGGCCCUGCCUGGACCAGACAGGCGUCCCCCAGCCCUGCUUCCUUCCGUUUGGGGAUGCAGAGGAAUGGGGGAGUCCUGCUCUUUAG